ACGAUCACAGCAAGAUGGUGUUUCGUUUUAUUCACUAAGAAUUACGGCAGUUUUGGAUUUAUCCCGUCUAGUGGUAGAGUGACAAUCGAGUAGAACAAUUUCUCCCGUCUGACAGAUAUCGAGCAAGACUGGGCUCCAGACAUGGCGGAGAAAGGUACGUCGGUCCACGUUACUGGUAACCAAGGAACCGCCCACAGCGUGUAUGCCAUCGGAAUCCACCAAGGGACUCUAAACGUAAACAACAAUGUGGAUGAAGAAAGGCUGUGUCAUUUAAAAGAUCAAACAAGGAAAGACAUUGCUAUCUGGAACAGAGGAAUGGUCAGAGUGCCAGCCAUUGAAACGGUCAUAGAGAAGCUUCAAACAAGGCGCCGAUGGGUUACUGUUACCGGAAAUGCUGGUGACGGCAAGACAACUCUUGGUUACAUGACGCUGAAGAGUCUGCAGGAUGAUGGGAAGGAAGUUUUCAAGAUUGAUACUCCUGAGGACUACAUAUUUGUCUUGAGGAAAGCUCCUCACAGUGUUGUUUUGAUGAAUGAUGUUUUGGGAGCUUUUGAUUUUGACCAAAGAGCUUUUAGCAACUGGCUUCCCGUAUUUCAAAUAAUUUUAGAAAACCAGAUCAAGGAAACUGAACACAAAAGUGGUCCAAGCAUAAUAUUUGUAAGCAGGAUCAAUGUUUUGGAAGCUGCAAGGAAUCAACUUGGAAAAUACGGAGACGUCGUUUUGGGAGAGGAUUCAAUAGUCAAUCCCGAUAAGCUGAACACAGACAGGGAGAAACUUGACAUCUUAAACUUUCAUCUUUCCAGACAUAAUAUAAGUGACAUUCCAGAAAGUACCAAGAUGAACUUAUAUAAUCGGAGUCCUCAUGGAUUUCCUCAUUGUUGUGAGAUGUAUGUUGAACUGAGGGCAAGUGGACAUGAAAUUGACAUUGUCAAUUUCUUUUCUUCACCUCUCAAAUUUCUCAAUUACACCACCCGAGUUUUGAUUGAUAAGCAGAAAUGUUAUGAUCAUUUAAAAAUACUCCUGAAGGCUGGUGGUCAAUUGGAUAUUUCAAGCCUUACAGAUGCAACACUAAGAACAGAAAUGCAAAAUACUGCAUCUAGUUUAUUGGGAAGCUAUCUUAAAGUGAGUGGAAAUGGUGUUGCAUUCUCCCACCCAUCCAUCUAUGAGAGUGUGGCAGUAGCAGUUGGAAACAAAGACCCUCUCUUUGCUGCACAAGAAUUUCCUAUUUCAGUCAUCAUGCAAAAGUGUACGGUUCGUGUGCCACAGGAAGGGGAAAUUGAGAUGUACAUCUUCUUCAAAGAAUCAUCCUCAGCCAUGGACGCACUUGUUAAGAGGCUGGGUGCAGAAAUACGUCAGCUGAACUACACGGUGUUGCAACAUGAGCUCUGCUGGGAACGGAAGUUCUGUGAGCAGUUGAUACGCUCAAGUGUCUCAAACACAUUUUUUCCCUUUGGCCAGGCAUGGAACCGUGUCGGUAUCAAUCAGAGAGACAGUACAGGGGAGAACCCUGCUGCAUGCAGCUGUUAGAUGUCGCAACUACAUUGCUGCUAAGAUCCUGCUGGAAA